AUGGGACACCACUCACGCUACCAACCAUUGGAUUUGGCCAACCUCUUUAAGAUUCCAAAAACUAAAUCACUGAAAGACAUAAAAACCAAAUCAUUUAGAGACGUGACCAAGGCUUACAAAUUGCUUGUAUCCAAACGGAAUCAUGAGAAGAAAACCCCCGAGGGUCAUGAAUCAUCCCCAGAGGUUGAGCAAAUUGAUAAUAAGAGAGUGGAUGAAGACAUUUGGAGUCCUAAAUUUUUGUCAAGGGUUGAAAGUAGAAGAUCUAAAACGCCUACACCACAAUCAAGGCCUAUGUCAAGACAUGGAAGCAGUCGGUCAUGCAAAACUCCAACUUAUCUAUCAAGAAAUUCUAGUCGAAGGAGUGCUGCAGAAAUUGCUACAUCAUCUAUCAAAAGGAUUAUGAGCAAAAGAAGUUCCUCAGCGUCUUUAUCAAGGAACAAAAGUAGAUUGGACAUCUCUGAACCUGAGUUAACCAACAACACUAUAGCCUCUCCAACAAUAAACACAGACAUAAAAACCAGCUCCGGAGAGACAGAGCAUAUCUCUGAAGUCUCUCUUUCGAGUAAUCUGAGCGGAAGGUCCACGACACCUAUCAUAUUUUCACAGACAACAUCUAGAAAGAAACCCCCAGAUGUUCAGACAAAGCUCCAUUGCUCACUAGAGAACUUAUGCUUUGGUUGCACAAAAAAGAUUAAGAUUACUAGAGAUGUCAUCAAAUAUCCUCCUGGGGUAAUUAUCCAAGAGGAGGAAAUUUUAAAAAUUGAGGUGAAGCCAGGAUGGAGAAAAGGAACAAAGAUUACAUUUGAAGGAGUAGGUGAUGAGAAGCCUGGAUACCUGCCUGCUGAUAUAGUAUUCUCCAUUGAUGAAAAGCAACACCCUUUGUAUAGGAGAAACGGCAAUGAUUUAGAAAUAUGUGUUGCGAUUCCUCUUGUAGAUGCACUAACAGGCUGCUCCAUACCAAUCCCUCUAUUAGGAGGGGAAAAUAUGACUUUGUCAUUUGACAGUACUGUAAUAUAUCCUGGAUAUGAGAAGGUUAUAACAGGUCAAGGAAUGCCAAACGCCAAAAAUAACGGGAAAAGAGGUGAUCUUCAUGUUAAAUUCCUGAUUGAUUUCCCCACAAAAUUAACUGAAGAACAACGGAGAGAAGCUGUUAGUAUCUUGCAAGAUUGUUGCUACAAUGACCAGCUGCAGUGUACAUGA